AUGCCUCAGAACGAAAUCGUUCCGCAAAACUUCCAAGCCGCUUUGGCUAGCAACAGCUCAGAUUUUCAUAUCCUUCUAAGAUCAGGGCAUAAUGGUUCAACAUUUGACUUUUCGUUCGAAGCGCUAAGGCCGGGGCUUUUCCGAACAACCUUCACCUCUCCAAAUCAUCGGCUUCCUCCUCAUCGAGCGGCGCCGGUACCCGAAAGAAAUUUGGAUCAGAUGAAAGCUACGUCUUCAUCUCCAACUUCGAAAGCCCUGAAUGUUGGCGGAAUCACUGCUACCGUGGACUGGACGGGCGGACCGCCGCUGAUCUCCGUUGCACUUCCUGGCCAAACGACGCCCAUCCAUUCAGACCUCCCUCAUCGGUCAUACGUCGCAGAUGGGUCAGGAAUCGCGCAUUACACACGCUACAACAAGGGCACCCUCCAUGUCGGGCUCGGAGAGAAAGCAGCGCCCAUGGACCUCUCGAAUCGGCACUUCGUCCUUUCGGCAACGGACUGCUUUGGCUACGACGUAUAUCGCACAGAUCCAAUGUACAAGCACAUUCCACUGCUUAUCAACGCUACGCCAGGUGGCUGCGUCGGUGUGUUCUCCACGUCCCAUGCUCGAGGCUUCUACUCCGUCGGCUCGGAAAUGGAUGGCAUGUGGGGCCGGUUCAAGGUCUACCGGCAAGAGCACGGUGGGCUUGAGGAGUACAUCAUCAUUGGACAUACUCUGAAGGAUGUCGUGUGCAUCUAUGCAGACGUCGUGGGCUAUCCAAUGCUCGUGCCUCGUUGGGCGUUCGGGUACCUCGCAGGAGGCAUGAAGUACUCAAUGCUCGACGAGCCACGAGCGUGUGACGCGCUAAUGGAGUUUGCAAAUAAGCUCAAGCGGCACGACAUACCCUGCUCGGGAUUCCAGAUGUCAUCUGGAUACACAGUGGCUGAGACGGAACCCAAGACGCGCAACGUGUUUACCUGGAAUCGGCAUCGGUUUCCGGACCCAAAAGGUUUCAUAGCCGCGUAUCACAAAGAAGGCAUCCGGCUCAUUGCGAAUGUCAAACCAUAUGUUCUCAGCAACCAUCCGGAAUACGAAAAGCUGAAGAAUGCCGGUGCCUUUUUCACCGAUCCCAUAACUGGCGAAUCCGCACAAGCACGCUUGUGGAGCGCAGGCGGUGGUGAGAGCGGAGUCGGUGGUCACAUCGAUUUCACCUCGAAAGCAGGAUAUCGCUGGUGGUACGAGGGUAUUCGAGAAUUGAAGCGUGUGGGUAUCGAUUGCAUAUGGAACGACAACAAUGAAUACACCAUUCCGAAUGAUGGCUGGCAAUGCGCACUGACCGAAUCAUCUGUAAUCCAAGGAAGCGAGGAGUUUGGGAAUGCCGUCGGUUUCUGGGGGCGGGCGUUGAAUACAGAAUUGAUGGGCAAGAGCUCGCAUGAUGCCUCGAUUGAAGUGGAGCCAGAGCAAAGACCGUUCAUCCUAACGAGAAGUGCGACGGCGGGAACGCUGAGGUAUUGCGCGAGUGCGUGGAGCGGGGACAACGUGACCAGUUGGGAGGGGAUGAAGGGCGCGAACGCGCUUUCGUUGACGGCUGGCAUGUGCUUGAUGCAGUGCUACGGCCAUGACAUAGGCGGCUUCGAAGGCCCACAGCCCUCCCCGGAACUCCUCGUCCGCUGGUGCCAACAGGGCAUCUACUCACCUCGCUUCGCCAUAAACUGCUUCAAGACCUCGCCAGACAAUAACAGCGUCGGCGAUGUCAUCGAGCCCUGGAUGUACGAAGAAACUACACCCUUCAUCCGCGCUAUCAUCAAGCGCCGCUACGAACUGAUCCCGUUCCUCUACUCCCUCGCUCUUGAAAGCCACAAGACGGCCACGCCACCGCAACGUUGGACGGGAUGGGGCUACGAGCAGGAUGCUGAAGUAUGGGAGAAUAGGAUCUUGACCGAUGGAGAGACGCAGUAUUGGCUUGGCGAUGCGCUGCUUGUCGGCGGUGUGUUCGAGCCAGGUACUGAGACCGCGAAGGUGUAUCUGCCAAAGGAUUCGGCGAAUCUUAGCCUCCAAUUCAUGGACGUCAAUGCGGUGCAGGUGUACUAUGAUGCGGGACAGUGGAUCGAAGUAUCUUCCAAAUGGACCGAGAGCAUCCCCGUGCUCGCAAAAGUCGGCAGCGCGAUUCCGGUCGGACGACCAUGCCAGACACUCUCCCCAGGUGAACGCAGCAAUCCCGCAAACCUCCCUCUUGACGAUUACCGUGCUGUCGAAGUUUUCCCUCCAAAGGGGUCAUCGGGUGGAAAGGAGUUCGUGCAUAUAUGGUAUGAAGAUGAUGGGGUGUCGCCUCCUCCGGCGCGUAUAUCCGUGUUUGAGGUGAGGUACACGACGGACGAAGACAAGGUUUAUGUGGAGUUCAAGAAGGAGCUACAGCCUGGUUUUGAGCCUGCGUGGAAGGAGCUUGGCGUUGUGCUUCCCGCUGGCGAUGGGAGGACGGUGGUAUUUAAUGGUACGGAGGCGGCGUUCGUGAAGGACGGGAAGGGUCGGACGUAUUUCAAGGGAGACAUUGGUCGUGCUAGCCAAACGAGCCCGGUGCAGGAGAAGUCCAAGAUCUAG